UAGAUGUCCCCAUAAUACAACAACUCCAGGGAUACACCAUAGAAGAAAUAACCAGGAAGUUUCACACUUCAGCAUGAGGAGUUGUUACUGUUCUCCUGGAAGAAAUUAAUGGAGCAAAAAACAAGUUUGAUUUAAUACUUUUAUAAUCUCCCCUUAAAGUUGGAGGUGCAUUAGCUUUAAGGAUGGAUAAAGUGAUCAGCUGUUUCAAGAGGAGGCCAGACGCUGUGAGCAGGCUCAUAUGCUUCCCCUGGGCAGGUGGAGGAUCCAUUCACUAUGCAAGAUGGGGGAACGUCCUCAACAGCUCCAUAGAGGUUCUUGCUGUCAAACUUCCAGGCAGAGAGAGUCGAGCCAAAGAGCCUUUUUUCCACAACAUGCAGCAGAUCGUGGAGGAGGUUGUCGGCGUGUUGUUACCGGUGCUAAAAGAGAAGCCGUUUGCUCUCUUUGGCCACAGUUUUGGAGCCUUCACGAGUUUUGCUGUUGCAGACGCUCUGAAGAGAUUACACAAUGUGGAGCCGGUUCACAUCUUCCUGUCUGGAGCCUCUGCACCUUAUUCAGAGACCCGUAUCAACGCCCCGAAGAGAAGCGAGUUAUCAGAUGAAGAUUUUCUCAAGUGGAUGACUUCGACUGGAGGAACUCCUCCUGAGCUGCUGGCGAACCCUGAGGUCCUGAAGCUCUUCCUUCCUGCUCUGAAAGCCGACCUGCACGUUGUGGAGAACUACAGGUGCAACAAGCCAGACAAUCCAUUCCUCUCCUGCCCGGUCACGUGUUUUGACGGGAAGGACGACAUUCCCCAUGACUUACAAGCUUGGAAAGAAAUCACCUCUGGAGAUUUCACCAUCAGGAUGUUUGAUGGAGCUCACUUUUACCUGAAGGAUUCUGGAAAUGAAAAGUUAAUCAUAGAUUUUGUUACAAAGCAACUGGAAACCUCCGAAAUGGACUAUUUAUGAUGAAAUGCUUAUUGGGUCUGAAAAUCAAAACGUUUUUAUGGUUCAACCUGAUGGAAGUCAAUUCUGUUUACAUUUUAAAAGGAAUGACAGAAUAAGUUUUUAAUAUGUAAAAAAAAAGAACAAAUGAUUUAAAGAGUGAGUUUUCUUUCCAGCUGCGAACUUGAUUGUUGUGAAUCUUUCAAGUUCUUUCAUAUUCUACAGAAGACGAUUAGGGCCACUGGAAAAAUAUGCAAUUUUUUUUAAAUUCUGGGAUUAAAGUCAGAAUUAUGACAUUUUUCCUAGAGUUCUGAGGAUUUUUUUCCUGACAUUCAGGGAGAAAUAAGACAGAAAUUUGACAAAAAAGUCAGAAAAAUCUGAAAUCAAAGUCGGAAUUCUGACUUUUUUUUGAGAAGAAAAAUGUUUGUUCAUCUUAAUUUGUUUUUCUACUGGCCUAAUCUACUUCCAUACAUAUUCAGAGACUUUUAUUUUGAAAUUUUAUAUUGGAAGUGCGCGUUGUUUCCACUUCUCUUUACCGCACGUUUACUGUAAUCAUUCCCUGUAUGCAGUUGUUACCUGUGCAGAAGUCAAUGAUGGUCUCCUUACUACAAAAAAUACACCAUGUUGUAUAAUCCUGACUCUGCAAAGUAAAAAUUUCAAAUCCA